AUCACCCUCCGAUAGUCCGUAAAAAAAUGGGAUUAGACCGAUUGUAGUGUUCCGGAGUAAACGAUAGUCUCGCUUCCCAGUUGCACCCAAAAAAAAAAAACUAUCGGCGGCCACUGCACUCGCCGGCAAGGAUGGAGACGAAACCCACAGAAAUCAGCAGCACGAAGAUGUUUGGGGGUUACAAUAAGAGAUACAAGCACUACAGCCCAGCCCUUGGCUGCUCCAUGACAUUCCACAUCUACUUCCCUCCUUCGUCUUCUCCUUCCCACAAAUUCCCUGUACUUUACUGGCUCUCUGGCCUAACAUGCACAGAUGAGAACUUUAUCACCAAAUCUGGUGCCCAACGGGUUGCUUCAACUGAGGGUCUUGCACUAAUUGCACCAGAUACAUCUCCAAGAGGACUUAAUGUAGAAGGAGAGUCUGAUAGCUGGGAUUUUGGUGUUGGUGCUGGAUUUUACCUAAAUGCUACCCAAGAGAAGUGGAAGAACUGGCGUAUGUAUGACUAUGUUGUGAAGGAGUUGCCAGGACUUCUUAAUGAGCACUUUCCACAGCUUGAUACAAAAAGGGCAUCUAUCUCUGGCCACUCAAUGGGUGGCCAUGGAGCACUAACAAUCUACCUCAAGAACUUGGAUAAGUUCAAGUCAGUGUCAGCAUUUGCUCCAGUUGUGAAUCCAAUGAACUGUCCUUGGGGUCAGAAGGCUUUCAAGAACUACUUGGGCGAGAAUAAAGCUGAUUGGGAGCAAUAUGAUGCUACCUGCCUUGCAUUAGGGGCUUCAAAUCUGUCUUCCACCAUUUUAAUUGAUCAGGGAGAAGAUGACAAAUUCUUAAAGGAUCAGCUUUUACCUCAUAAAUUUGAAGAAGCGUGUGGAAAAAGCAGCAUCCCUCUCCUUCUCCGCAUGCAGUCUGGAUAUGAUCACUCCUACCUUUUCAUUUCUACCUUUAUCGAAGAUCACAUUCUCCAUCAUUCCCANCCCCCCCAUGUAAGCAAAACUAGUUUAACCACACUCUACCGGAGUCGUGUGUUAUUCUGAGAGUUUUUUUGGUCAUAAGCGUGAAAUGCACAUUAUGGAGCUUGAGUAUGCUGUUAGAUGUGUUUAGUAAAAAAGUGUCAAAUACUAUUUCACGUUUUUAAUGAAAAAUAUCGGAUUGCAGACAUAGUUUUGA